CUUUUACCACUUUAACCACCCCGAUUGCAGUGCCACCUACUGAGUCCUGUAAACUUAAACCAUGUAGGCACAUAUAGAGAGAACCAAUCCGAAGCCUCUUUUAUCGCGGCCACCUCAGACUGGAAGACGCUGCAGUCAUCCGGUAGCCUAAAUUUUAGGUUGAUGGAGAGUUCUUCGAAGACACCUUUACCCACCUUCCCAUUCAGCUUCGAUCCAUCUGUAAAUAAGCUUACAGGACCCCGAUUUCAGAUACCCCUCUCAAUAAUACAAGGCUACUGUAUCCCUCUUGACUCUUUCCUCUACGUUAGGCUUCCAGGAAAGCUUACUGUCAGGAAUCAAACCCAAGUACUUCACCCUGUCAGAGAGCCUUAGAGGAAGACCGCCCAUUGAGGGAAGACGGCAAUUCGGUAUCUUAUAAUAACACAUUGGAGCUUACACAUACGCUAGUGUUUGGCCGAGCUUUCCUCUGAUUUGUGGUGUGCAUCUUGGUGCUGUCACACAAAGGGGAGGCACUUACAGUUUUACGUCUACUAUUUUUCAUGGCAGAAAUACACUCGGAGGUUUACCAUUGCCUGCCGAGGGCGACCGCUUUUAGAAAAAACCCUGAGUAGUGGUAGCGCGCACCGUUAACAACUACACCACAGCGACCGGAAUCUUAUACCUCCUAGUAAAAAGAACAAGCUCCGCUUUUCUGGGUUUUACACCCAGCUCGCUACUAGAAGCCAAGUUCUCAACCAAGCUCAGGUAACCCGGGGUGCCUCUACUCACACACCUCCGCAUUGAAGCGCUACCCCAUUCUGCUGCGACAGUUCUGUUGCAAAGCAGGCGGUAAAUAAACCUGAAACGGUCGGCUCCGACUCCUAGCUUAUUUAGGGAGUUAACUACAGCCUCAGGCAAAACAUUAUUAAAAGCUUCCUCGAUAUCAAGGAAGGCACCGACCGCGAAUUCCUUCUGCGAAAAGUGCCUUUUUCAACCUCUAAAUGGCCUUCGAACUUCAACUUAUAUCCAAAUCAUGAGGUUUUGGUGACUCAAAAUUUGCGCUUUGCGGGAGGCCUCAUUUCUGCAAGUCCAUAAUAAAUUUUAAUGCCAUUCAUUAAACUUUUUCUUUGCCCCUCCUGACUAUCAACGGCAAUUACUGAGUAAUCAUUGAAUUGCAUUAAAAUCGUUUACCCACGCAAACGCUGAUGAAUAUGAUAAUGAUGGGUGAGUGAGUGGGCCAGGAAAAGUAGGUGAAUGUGAGCAGGAGGAGAUGAAGAAUGCACUCGUUCAAUUCACUGAGUCUAUUAUACAAUAAAUUGCUGGGCAAUUUCGCAACAACAGCCUAGAUAAGUGCAUACUACAAACAUACAAACAUGGAUACAUACAUGUGUAUAUGAUUUGAGAAUGGCACAAUAAUUGCAAUUAAAAAUUCACCAUAUUCAGUCAUAAAUAAGCGAGCAAAAUAAAAAUAGCACGCGUGCGUGUGGAACUGCAAAACCGUCCGAGCGAAAAAACAAACAAAGGAAAUUAACACAGAUUUAAUUUAAAUUCCAAAAAAUAAAACUAAAAGUAGUUGAACACAACAAAACAGACAAACAUUUAUAACAAGAGCACGUAAAAAAAACUAAAUGAAAUUGUGGUUUUGUAAUUGAUUUAAAAAUUUAAACGCAAUCAAGCUAAUUAAUUAAAACAAACAGCAAUAGUGACUACUGCCUACGUAAGCUGCAAGAACGGCAGCAGCAGCAGCAGCAGCAGCAAAGGGCCAACUGUGAAUUGAGCAGCCACAUCAGCAAGCCAACUAUAUAAAUACAUCCAUACAUACAUAAUUAAUUGGAGCAUCCGCAAAAAGUACUUUCUUUGAAAUGCCGUUCUAUUCGCAAGACUGGCGUUCGCCCGGUGAAGCUUGGGUCAAGACCGAUGAGGGCUGGGUAUGCAAGAAGGUGCUCGAAUGCGGCAAACGAAGGAGACUUCCAUCCAGUUCGGACGAUAGUUUCGAUGAAGACGCCGACGAAGUUAUCGUCCCACCACACUGCCACAUAACAGUGCGUUGUACACGCGAAAUUGCCGGUUUCAAUGGACUUGGCGAAGUGGUGCGACGUCUGGACUUUCGAACUUCGCUGCGCAAUCACAAACGCUUCCACUAUAUUUGUGCACUGCUGCGACUCUUGGUAUCCCACAAGGGUAUCGUCAACUUGUCUGGCAGCGCGCAACGGGUGCUGAUGCAAAUUGUGGAAGAUGUGGCCACACAUGUCAACGACAGUCAGCAGCAUUUGAAUGUGUUGCGUGGUUUGGUUAUACAACUUCAAGAAAUCGUUUUACAGGAGAGUCAAAAGUGUUGGGGGAAGCCGUUGGGUAGCACCAAUCUGUGGCAGGAGCAUAUCGAGACUAUAAAACGUAUACAAACCGUUGCUAGUCAAAUCGAAAUCAAAGAGCCCGGUCCAGAAAUACGUCCAAAAUUGCAUGAUUUACCUGAAGAGUGCAUACGUGAGAUAAUUUUACGCAUAGCCGAUCAUAAAGAUCUCGAAGCCUCCGCCAAUGCCUGGCAAACCAUGGCCUCACUCAUUUCGGAGCAACGCAUUUGGCGCGAACUAUGUCGCUUCCACUUCAAACAACAUCAAAUAAACUUAAUACUGGAUCUUAAUAAUAUUAAACUAAUGAACGAGGUAAAGGACUGGAAAAAGAUCUAUCAUCAUUUGAGACGCACCUAUGGCGUUAAUGAUGACUAUCAAUUUGCCGAAGUGCUGGAACUAUGCCGCAUAUGUUCCUGUUUAUUCUGGCCAUCUGAGGGCCAUCCAUGCAUUGCCGAUGAAAUGCCCGAUUACAAGCAGCGAUUGGAAGAUGCGGCGGGCGGUGGUCAGUUGGUGGUGGCACAGCCAGUGCCACCGGCACAAUUUCUAAAAUAUUUCUCAUUGUAAAUAGGCUUUUAAGAAACUAAAUAAGUACAUUUGGGGAACGGGAAAAUCGAAAAAAGCAGAAGAAGCGAAAGAAAAGUGUGUUUAGAGCAAUUGUGGUUUGUUGAUAUUUGAAAUGAUAAUUUUAAAGGCAGCUGGAAAACUGGUGCGCUAUGAAUAUUAAGUUAUGGAGAUAACUAUAUACAUAUAUUUAUGAAUUUAAAAAAAACUGCUUAGUAUAAAAAUGAGAUGAUGAAAAUUUAAAUAUACAUAUAUAUGCAAAAGUGUGAAACUACUUAGAUAAGGCAAACAAAGUACAGUGAUAACUUGAAAAAAAAGAUUUAUGUACGUGUGUAUUUGAAAUUCAGCUACUUAGUAAGAUCUAUUGCGAUUUGUGAAUCUUUCCAACAACUUUCUAAUUUUUUAUACAAUCCACAUUGUUCCAUAAAAAUUAUAUGUUUUAGAUUCGUAAGCAUGCAUAGAAAAAAAAAAACGAUUACUCGGCUGAAUUAAAUAUUCCUACGUUAGUACAUGCAUCAAAAAGUACUCAUUUCACAAAUAAAAAAUCAUACAUACAUACAUGCAUACACAUGUAUGUUUGAAAAUACUA